ACUUCUAAUCAUGGCUGCCGUAGACGUGGAAGAUGAGAGUAUCCUGGCUUCAAUAUUUAAAGAUAGUUUUCCCGAGAAUUGGAGGGAAAAUCCGGAUUUCGCCGCGUAUCUGUCGCAGCUGAGCGCCUGCGGCGUGGAUGAGCUGACGCGCGAGCCCGAGCGCCUGUCAGAGGAGCGCGCGCAGAUCCUCCAGCAGACCCGAGAGCUGGCCUUCACUAACUACAAGACUUUCAUCAGGACUGCUGACUGCACACAACACAUCUACACUGACUUCAGCACAGUGGAGAACUGCCUAUCUAAACUGCUGCACAAGCUGCCCAGCUUUACCGAGAAAUGCAGAGGCUUUAUUAAGGAGGCCGAUGAGAUCAGCGUCAGCAGGCGUAUGAACAGCCUGACACUGAAUCGACACACUGAGAUCUUGGAGAUUCUGGAGAUUCCUCAGCUGAUGGACACGUGUGUUCGUAACGGAUAUUAUGAAGAGGCGCUGGAGCUGGCCGCGUAUGUCAAGAGACUGGAGAAGAAACAUUCCUCUCUUCCUGUCAUUCAGGGAAUUGUGCACGAGGUCCGACUGUCCGCUCAGCUCAUGCUCAACCAACUUCUUCAACAACUGCGCAGCAAUUCGCAGCUUCCAGUCUGCCUGCGUGUGAUUGGCUACUUGCGUAGAAUGGACGUUUUCACCGAAGCCGAGCUGCGCGUCAAGUUUCUGCAAGCUCGCGGAAGUUGGCUGCGAUCAAUUCUCACCGCCAUCCCAGAUGAAGACCCAUAUUUCCACAUUACCAAAACCAUCGAAACCUGCCGGGUGCACCUCUUCGACAUCAUAACCCAGUAUCGCGCUAUCUUCUCAGACGAGGAUCCUCUGCUGCCCCCUGGUGGUCAGGCGUUGAAUGAGAGUGCAAUCUUUCACGGUUGGGUGGUGCAACAGGUGGCGCAAUUUCUGGAGACCCUCAAUCGGGACCUCCACCGUGGGGUGGGAAGCCGUUUGGACUCUCUGCUCGGUCAGUGCAUGUACUUCGGCCUCUCCUUUAGUCGGGUUGGUGCUGAUUUCCGUGGCCAACUCGCUCCUAUAUUUCAGCAGGUUGCCAUGGAUACUUUCCGGAAGGCUAUUCAGGAAGCGGUGGACAAGUUCCAGGAGGACAUGAACUUGUAUACGCUGAUUUCCCUCCCGUCAAUUCUUGGAAGCACCAUCCCGCCGGCCAUCCCGAGCACCCAGCCGGGCACAUUGCAGCCCCCCAUGGCCCUGCUGGACUUCCCUCCGCUGGCCUGCUUCCUUAAUAAUGUCCUGACGGCCUUUAAUGACUUGAGACUGUGCUGUCCUAUUGGACUUGCGCAGGAAGUCAGCAGAUGCAUCGAGGAAGCCCUUAUUAAGGUGACCAAGCUGAUCCUGGUUUUCCAUCGAGCUGAAGAAUCCGCCUUCAGCAGCCGUGAACGGGAGCUGUUUGUUCAGUUCUGCAGUGCAUUUGCCGAGGACAUGGUGCCUUUCUUAAACCGAUGUUUACAAGUUCUCUUCCCUCCGGCCCAGCUCGCUCUCAUACUAGGUGUCCCUCCAACCCAAGUUUCAAAGUACGGCAGUCUGGGCUGCAUCAAUAUGAACACCGUUCUGGAGCCACUGCAGUUUGUUCUGCCCCAAAAAGAGCCUGUGACUCCUGUCCUGGAUCUCUGCACAGAUCUGAACAGCUUGAUGACAUCUGAAUCAGAUCCCACGACUGCAGACAAACAUGUUACACCGCAUGAAGAAAAGCCCUUUGUUUCUGAGCCGGAGGAGCCUGUAUCUGUGACUGAUCCUCAAAAAGAUGAUGUUUCUGCUGAAGCGGUUCAUACAGAGCAAAACAACACAAACACAGAGCCGGAAAUAACUCUUGAUGCACAGAACUUAACAGACGAGUUGCCUGAUGUUGAAGAGAUGUUGUCAAAUUAAGUCAACAACUUUGUUUUGUGAAGAUUAUUAUUAAAUUAACCAAAUAACCAUGUGAAGACACUUAUAAAAGGGUUUGGGGUGCUUUUUUUUAAUGAAGACUUUAUUUGGGAAAGGAAAAAUGAAUCUAAUAACCAUGUUCAGACAAUUAAAAAAGGUUUAGGAUGCAUUUUUAUUGAAGACUUUAUUUGGGGAAGGAAAAAUGGUAUGUAGCAAAUCUGGGGCCAUAAAAUAAACCAUUUUUUUCCAAGUAUUGAGCAAAAACAAAUGAAUAAAUGCAAAGUGAAUGUAAAUUUUU